GAGCGGCGUUUAUUGCCGCCUGUGUGCUGUGCACUGUGGCAGGGCUCCUCUCUAACAGCAGCUCAGCGCAGAGGCCGUAGCAGCAGGGCUCCUCCUGCUGCCGCUGAAUGGAUUACCUACUUAUUCACCUUCCCCGAGUGGCUCUGCGUGGACACCUCGUCUCGCCGCCUUUCUGUGAUUUCUGUGCUCGCCGGGACUGCGACCACUGAUCAUGCACUGAUUUGCGAGCAGCUCUGACUUCGGAGUCGCCUCGCUGCUGCUGCUGGGUGAACGCACAGCUGAUCAUUCGGAGAGGGGCUAUUUGCAACAAAUUGUUGCAAACAGUGUGAGGGGCGAAGUCAUGGUGCCAGCACCGCCUCGGCUUUCCGUGGCACUGUGAGAACUUUCUUUUCACCCCCACCCCUCCCCCUUGCCCCUCUUUCUUCUUCCCCCUUGCCUCUCUUUUGUUUUAGAUGUUUGGCUGCAAGAUCGUGCUUCCUCGGGAAAUUAUCCACGUUUCCCUUUUCAAUUAUGUUCACGUUUGCUGCCUUCUGCUACAUGCUGUCUCUGGUCCUCUGUGUGUCCCUGAUUUUCUUCGCAAUAUGGCAUAUAACAGCUUUUGAUGAGCUUCAGGCAGAUUUCAAGGUGCCAAUCGAUCAGGGCAACCCACUCCAUGCGAGGGAGAGACUGCGAAACAUCGAGAGGAUUUGCAACUUGCUGAGGAAGCUGGUGCUGCCAGAGUACUCCAUCCAUGUGUUGUUCUGCAUCAUGUUCCUGUGUGCUCAGGAGUGGCUGACUGUGGGCCUCAACAUUCCCCUGCUCUUCUACAACACGUGGAGUAGGUACUUCCAUUCCCCAACGGACACUAAGGAGCUGCUGUACGACCCAGCGUCCGUGAUGAAUGGUGACACACUCAAGUUCUGCCUGAAGGAGGCCUGGUGCAAGCUGUCCUUCUUCGUCCUUUCCUUCUUCUACUAUCUCUACUGUGUGUGGAACCUGGAAAUAUCCCUCUAAUAGGUCUUAUCAGUGGAAACACUUAAAGCUCAUAUUGGACUGAUCUGCAGCAGCAACAGGUAUUCUACAAUACAAGGUGAUGGUGCAUUCACUUUCAAAUCUAAAGUCAAGGACACAUUCAAGAGAAUUUGUCCUUGCCUCUUUUCCUCACAAUUUCAAGAUUUUGUGGUGUGAUGUAUCUGUAGCAACUUGCUGGCCUUCAUGAUCCUCCCUGUUUCUACACUCUUGUUCAAGGGUCCAAGGAGUAAAACAGUUUGUUUGUUACAGUAUCAGGAGGUUCUGCUGAAAGCAAAACAAGCCAAAUUUGAGUAGUUUAAAUUCGGUUGUGGAGAUUUAUUAUUUGACCAAAACUGUGAUUUCAGUACAUUAGUGUGCAUUUGGGUAAAAUGCUACCCCUUUCCCAAUGGCUGGCCUAAAUAUGAGGGAAAAAUCUGUUACUAUAUUUUGAAUGGCACUGACUCAUUACAAAUCAAAAUGCACAAAUUAUGCAUCAGCCAAAAGAACAAAACCUCACAAAACUAUUACGUAAACUUAUUUAAGUCCCCAGUACAACUGCAACAAAGGAUUCUUGAGACUAAUAGUUUCCACAUCUGCCUAAAGGGUGAGUGCGUGUAACAUAAAAUUCAUUGCCAAUUAGAUGAGUAGCAAUUCUAAAACUGAGACUUAAACUUUCAGCCCUUUUGUAGUUACAAAAAAGAAGGGCUGGUGUUAACUGGUCAACAGCCUUAACACUGGCAUGUAACAUUGUAUAAGUAGUACUUAUACAAUGUUACAAAAUGUAUUUUUUCCAUUUUAAAUAAGAUUUCAACACACAUAAGCAUCCACUAAAGGAAGGUUUUAUCUUGUAAUUAUGACUUAUGAAUCUCAAAAUUACCAGAAAAAAAACCCAGACAUACAUCUUUUAAACACAUGCCAUAAAUAUCUGGCAACUGAGAAGACUGCUGGACUUUUGGGUGAAGAAUCUUGUCUUAUUCUGGUCCAGUAUCAUAUUCUAGCUGCUCAACAGCCCUGUGUCUUCUUUGUUGUAUUUUUCAUAUCAUGAUACACCAAAUGUUUUGACCUAGAAGGCAGGCUAGUUCAGCAACCGGACUCUUCUUUUGUAAUAGACACAGUAUUGUGUUUACCAUUGCCUUGCUGAGAUUUGCAAGGCCCAUACAUAAUUUUUCAAAGUUUUCACAAAUAUGGACUAAAAAGUGGAAAAUUCAUGUUAAAACACUGUCUUAAACUAAGCAGGGGAUUAACUUGAACUGACAUUGAGAACAUCAAUAAUAUUAUGUUGAUGUUGCAAUUUUUUUUCAUGUUAUGUGAGGUUUGAAUUUUAUAAAAUAAAGCGUCAAUUUUUUCCAUUUAGAGCUGUUGCUACAUACUUGUAGUACUGUAGCUAUAAAGCUGAUGACUGAAAGGUCAUUGUGGCCCGUUGAAAAGAUGGCCCUUGCAACAGAAAUCACACUUGAGCUUUGUUUUAAUGAUAAAAAUAACAAAUUCAAAGAGUACACUCUAAUUUUAUACAACUAUAGUGAUGGUCUACAUAAGGAAUUCAUGAGGUUGAACUGAAAGUGAAGCAGCCUGAAACCUGAUCUGUGCAGCUUGUUUCUGUUUCCUCGACCCUCCUUUUUCCACUGCUCCCCAAACCAAAAUGCACUCGUCUGCAUCUGUGACCUUCACACCUUUGCAACCAAUCAUGCUAACACACACACACGGAAAACCCAGUGUAUUGUAUGCAUAUAAUGAAACUGUGCAUGCUGUGCAGGCACAACUGAACACACAGCUCCACCUGAACACUCACCUUCACACCUGGGAAAUGGAUAAUUCAAAAAUCCUUUCUGGUUGCUCGGUGGAGCUUAGCCUGUGCAGAUGAUCCGCUGUAGUUACUCUGUAACACAUGAUUUUGUCCAUCUGGACACAGUGGGAGGCCAGAUGCAUUGAAGAGCACUAAGUGAACAGAUACUUCUCAGAUGUCUACAUCUGUGCCUGCAAAUUUACUUUACAGAGAUACAUUAUGAGACAACACAAGAUUACAAAACAGUAAAAUGCGUUAUAACAAAGCUUGCUUACCUCACAAAUUGAAAGAUAACGCACCUGCUAGUUUCCUCAUGCCUGCCUAGCUUCUUUUCUGUCUUAGACCCAGGUGGGUUCUGUGCUUUCUCACCUUCCUCAAUCUCCUGACACUGGAUGGUAAUGAAGUCAUGCCUGACAAAUGAAGUCUCCUUCCUUUGGAGUGUGACCUUUGACCUCAACCCUCAAACUUCUGACCUUCUUUCUUCCCUCUAUCCUCGUGUAAUUUCUGUCACAUGGAUGCUGUGUGGAAUGUGGUGCACUACACUAACAAGCACUUUCCCUUCCUGCAAGAUCAAUACAGGUUUUAUGUCUUUCCUCAGCUUGGGUUUACCCCUGUGCUCUGAAACACUGGGCAUUGGCAUGCUACUGCCUGCAUAUUCUAGCCUAACCUUUUAUUUAAAAAGAAAAAUCAUGAAUGCUGUUCUUCUGAUCUUCCUGGGGCAUGAAAGUUUUGUUUUUGUGUCAGCCAUACACUCAGCACACACACAAGUUUAACAUUGGCUCAAAGAUAUUAAGUUAAUGGAACAUGAAAUAACCAACAUCUGUUACUAUAUUAACCCUUAAUACAGAGAAUAUACUGAAAAUUUACCACAGAUGAUGUAACACUACAUUAUCUGCAGGACUGCAGAUGAGCAGAAACUACAUAUUGUAUUUUUUUUACUGUGUUUGCUACUGGGGUGAUAUUUGAGGUCGGGGAAACAAACUACAUUUCAAUGAAGCAGAAGCAAAACAUGUUAAUUCACUUUUAUGUCACAAUGUUCAAUGAAUUGUACCUGCCAGUGGACCAGAACUGAUUUGAUGUUUGCUGCUGUGAUGCCUUUCCACUUGGUAGAAAAUAUUAUUAGAACUGACUGCUGAAAACUAACUGUGUCAAGAGAUGUACUCUAAGACACUUCUUCAGCUGAGAAUCAGAGAGGAGAAACACACAGUUUUACUUGCAUGCAAGGGCAGCCACAGAGCACCUGCACCUGGAGUGAGGGCUCCGGGACUCGCACUCUGCCACUGCCCUGGUCUUUAUUUAUACACAAGAAGAGUAAUACAACAGUGAAUACGUUUGUUCAGUGGAAUGUUGAUGCGUGAGCAUGUGUGGAUAUGUGUGUGUGUGUGUGCACGUGUGUGCGUGUGCCAGGAGAGGCUCCUCUACCUGGUACAAAGUGAAACUGCUUAUUAAGCUCUUAUCUAGCAGGUACUGCUCCUUCCCUGCAUGAUAACGGGUCACAGUGAAUCAAAACAGUCUGAGUUAUAAAGAGGUCAUCAUGCAGUAUUCUAUCAUAUGCAAACUUAUAUUAUUAAAAGAUUAUACUGACUACUAAGUACAAUUUUCUAUUGACAAACUGAUACCAUUCUCAGUCAACUUUUUGACCUCCAGUUAUGCUAGAGAGAAAUGGCAUGACAUGCUAUGUAACCUAAACAUGUUUUUUAGCUUGAUCUUACCUUAUAACUGCACCCACAAGAGUGUACUCAUGACAUGACAUACACCAACAGUUAUAUAUUACUGUUGGAAAAUAAAUAAACAAGUAAUCUUUAUGAUGUAACAAUGCUAUAAUAAUGGCUUGUUUGGGCUUAUUGCACAAAAAUAUUGAGAGGGUUGAGAAGGAAACUUAGAUAACUUUUCUUGUCAUAGUUGCAAGUAGAGUUGUCACAAUACCAGAAUUUCAAACUUAAAAUUGAUACUUUUUUUCAUAUCGCAGCUAAGCUUUUGACCUCAUCCUGCAGCAAGAGAAGUAAUGGCAAAGAAGCCAUUUUUUGAAAAAGAUAAGUUGUUAAUUUUCCACCAGUUUUUCAAAUUAUAAAUUAGAUAAUCAAUUAUCUGUGACAUUUUUAUCUGUAUUGUAUCUUACCUUCACAAUAUCUAAAAAGAAAUAACUAAUAAAGAAAUGAAACAACACAAUACAUAACACAUUUAAAUCAUAGCAAUUUUUGUAGAAGAAAAGCAUCAUGAAAAAGUUAAAAAUGAACUUUUGUGGUAUUAGUUAUGCUAAAAUAAAGAAGAUAUUUUAAAAAUGGUGCCUUCAGUGUGAAAGAUUGAACCAGUCACUGCCUCCGCUCCAUGAUAACAGAUAGCUAAUGUGCCAGUCAGGUAAUUGCUAACACUUAAUCCGGUAAUGCUAAUGUGUGCACUGGUCAGUGUAACAUUUUUGAUAACUUUUAAUUAUCUCUGAAAUCUCUCAUAAAAUAUUGCUCAGUGUUAUGAAAUUCAACUACAUCAGCUGUUAAUGAGGAGAACACCAGUGCCCCUGAUUUUCCUGCAGUGGUGCUGUGUGAAUCAACUGGACCUAUUUAUUUUGAUAUUGGUGCCAAUGAAUAUUAUAAUUCAAUAUUCAUUUUAGUAUCGAUUAAUAUGUCAGUAUGGAUUUUUUCUGACAACCCUAGUUGGAACAAUAGGGUUAAAGGUCAUAGGUCAAAGAAACAAUGAUUAUUGGUUUGAAUUGUGAAACAAAAAGUGGUCUUUCAUAUUGUUGAUGUUUUGUUGACGCCAUCCAUCGAUCCCAACCUCCUCAUUUUAUUGACUUGGCACAUAGCUAAAUCUACUGACUUCCCUGUCACACUAAAUUUUCACAGCAAGAAAAAAGAUGUGUUUUGUUGCUAAAACAGUUAAUGGUAAAUUGUAACUGUGGGUCGUAAUAGGCUGCUACAAAAAUUACCUCUGGGGUCAUCUGUUAAGUAGUUCAGUCAUGUUGUGCAAAUGAAAAAAGUAUUGCAGCUAUUUGUAAUGAGCUUGGCGUGAGAUCUCUGUUUCAAUAUUAUUAUAAAACUGUCCUUAGUCAAGGAAUUGCUUUAGUUUUCCUGUGUGCAUUUUACCCCACACAUGGAUAUGCAAGCAUGCUCUACACUCUAAUUAGACUUAGACUAAUUGGACAUUAACUUGUUAACACACAUUGUUCCUGUCUAAUAAGGUGUCUUUCAAAGGGCACAUGUUCACCACUAAUUCAGUUUAUAUUAUAAAUGUCCAAUUAAUUGGGCAUUUAUAAUACAAGUCCACCUCUCCUGGCAUAUGCAUGGUAGCAUAUGCCAACAGCAAGUGUUAGACUCUUAUUAUUCUUCCUAUUCUCUAGCUCAGUGUUUCCCAACUUUUUGGAAUCAUGGCACAUAUUUCACAUUAGAAAAAUCACACGGCACACCACCAAACAAAACCACCAGGUAUAGCAGAAUUGCCUCGGUUUGUCCCCAGUAUACCUUUUGUGCUUUCUUCUGACCACUACUCAUGCUAGGGCCUUCAUCUGGGUCAGAAUUUUCUGCUGGACCCAGGUCAGAUUGACUACUUUUUUUUAAUUCAAAUAUUCAUCUAUUGCAAUUAAGCGCUGCGUUGUCUCACUCACAGCAUAACUAUUAUGUAUUUUUUUCAUCUUCUUCUGUUUUACUGGCAGUUAGCAACCAAUUUAAUUAGAGCAGGUAGUUGUACUGCCCCCUAGUGGAAGAGAAUGUAAUUGUUCUGCCCGUUACUCAGGUUGAUCGCAUAGAGUACUAAUCAAACGGAACGAGAUAAUCUUCCACGGCACACCUGAUCAUUUCUCGGCACAGUGGUUGGGAAGCACUGCUCUAGGCACAAACCAUAGGCUAUAUGUAAAAGUUAGAUAUAGCAGCCAAUUGGUUUCUGAACAUUGAUGUUGUUUUUUGAUCCAAAGUUACCAUGUUUAGAUUAGAUUGGAAUGCUUAGUGAUAAGUUACCAAGCUUGGUAAACUACUUAUAUCCAUAUGGUGUAUAGCACAAUGACUGGAACAAAAACUGGAAGGACGCCCACGGACAGGGAACUGGGGGCUAUGUAAUGACCAUCCAUGGAAUAUGCGUGAAAAUUCAUGUGAAAUCUCUUUUAGCACAGAAGAUUUGCCCCCCAGGAAUUAAACUUAUUUUAACUUUGAGGCAAGAAAUAAAAAUGGGAGAAAAAAAAUACGAGCGAUAAUGCACAAGAUAAUGUGAUAAUGCACCACAAACUACAGCUACCCUUAAUUCUGAUCCUAAAUAAAUCCAAAUGAAUGAUAUAGGGUAAAUUUUUGCCCAGUCUACAAUAGAGAUGGACCGAUCCGAUAUUACGUAUCGGUAUCGGUCCGAUACUGAAGUAAAUUACUGGAUCGGAUAUCGGAGAGAAAUAAAAAAUGUAAUCCGAUCCAUUAAAUAUCA